AUGAGGGCGCCUCGCCUAUCUUUCUCGGGCGUAGGCACGUCUGCCAGCGCGAGAGCCUCCUCCAGCUCCAGCGUCAGCGUCGCGCGAAUCGCUCAGCCACGUCGCCUCUCGACACAACCGCAACAUCCAGCACCCACUGCUUCGUACCCGCCCGAGCUCUUCCAGGACAUCGUACACCGCUCUCUCCGAUCGGCGCCUUCGCCUCGCGAUGCCAAGUGGAGCACCGCUAUGAGCUGGGCGCCCGCGCAGGACAUUGAUGCCGCACCUGCGACCGCCCCCCAAGCCAAGACGGGCAAGGCACGCACAUCCGCCCUUCCGACAUUCAACACAUCCAUGCUCAUCCUGCGUCUCAUCCGCAACAACCGCAUCCUCUCUGCCAUGACCGCAUUCACAGAGCACAUGAACAACAACUCCCUCCCGCCAUUCACGCACGACCAGCUCGAGGCGAUCAUCCUCGCGCUGCGCAUCCAGAGCCGCCGCCACGCAUCAGCACGUCCAACGCCCAUGCCGCAGCCAGCCGACAGGCACGCAGAGCUAUGGCGACCCUCGCGCCUCGAUCCCUCCGUCUCGGCCAAGUCGCUCCCCAUCCCCGUGCAGUGCAUGUACGCAAUGUCGGCCGUGUACGACGCCUCGAUCGAGCACAAGCACAGACCCACCGCAAAGAUGGUCACGGCCAUGCUCGCCACCUUUGCCACCACCCUCGCGCCCGAACAGCUGCUACACGCUGCACGCACCGCCAUCCAGCACCUCUUCCCCGCCACCACGUCUCAGCGCAAGAUCGGCGUCUUCUGGCGCUUCAUCAGCCUCCGCGCACUCUCCACCUUUAUUCGCGUGUUUGGGCGUGCAGGCGUGCCCGAAGAGGGCGAAGAGUUCCUGCGACAGUGGACCCGAGCUCAGCGCGCCGGCGCGGCCCAGCCGGAUGCAGCCAUGCUGCAAGCCGACAUCACCCUCGACCUAGCCGGAUGGGGUAGCAACAUCCUCGUGUGGCAGGCGCUCAUCAAUGCCAGGAUCGACGCGGGUCACCUCGCCGAAGCGCGCAAGUGGCUCGACAGGUACAGGCUGGCCACCAAGCAGCUGAGUGCCGCAGCCACAGGCGAGGCUGCCAACGCUCUGCCCAUCCGGUCCGAGCCGUACCUCGCCUACAUGGCCGGCGUGCGCAACUCGGCCAGGAAUCUGCGCUCGGUCGGAAAGAUCCGCCGCGUCAUCUCGUCCACCCACGACGUCGUGCGCCUCAUGGCCGCAGACCACGUGCCCAUCGAAUCCUCGGUGCUCGCCUUUGUGCUCGACUGCGACGCCAGGCUCGGCGAUGUCGACGGCGGCGCUUCGCUCCUUCACGAGCUUGGCGACCUCAUCCACACCAUGGCGCUCGCCGAUCCCGCGCUGCUCCGUUCGCUUCUGCACAUGCGUCGUGCUGUCGUCAGCAGCGCCUCUGCUGCGGGCGCGCGCUCGAAUCUGUCAAAUCUGCCGUCGACACGCUCGCUCAUCCGCUCGCUCGUGCGCGUCGGCGAGGGCGAGACACCCGCAUUGGGCGACCACAUGGCAGAGUGCCGCAGCCGCGGCAUGCUCAACGACGCCCUCGUCACCGUGAUGGCCGAACGCGACUAUCCCGCCGCCGUGGUUCUGCUCAACCUGUUUGAGCGCUGGAUGAUCACCGUCUCGCAGACGACGUACAGCAUCGUGCUCACCUCGCUCGUGUCGCACGGCCAUCACGAUGCGCUGCGCGGCGAAGCAGCCCAGGCGACGCGCUCCGACAGCGUACACAGCCUCGAGGCGACGCUGCAGAGCAUGGCGCGCGAGGGCAACGGCGAGCAGGCGGACACGAUCCGCAGAGCGCUCGGCGACCGCGUGCUCCAUUCCCACACAUUCGUCGCGUCCGCUCGGCCCGCAACGCCGCUGAGGAAGACGCAGUUCCUGGUGCGCAUCCUCAACCGCGUGUGUGCGGCCGAAAUCGAGGCGGCCGAGGGCAGAGAGCAACUGCCCGCGUGGGCGGUGCGCGUGACGGCGAUGCAGACGCAGCACUGGAAAGACGACGUGCGCAGUGUGGUGGCCAAGGCCAUCACUAUAGCGCAAACCGGCCUGCUGGGGCCCAAGGACACGCGCAAGCAGCGCAUCGUGGGUCCAGCCAAGGCGCCGCUGCUCUCUGCAGCUGCGCCACGGCUCUCGCCCAAACGCAAACACUUCACCGCCCCACCUGCCACAUGGAGCCGGGAACUGAGCACGUCGGCGGCAGCGCGCGAGACGGCUGCGAGCUGCGAUCUGGCAGCGUCGGCCAAGGGCGACAAUACGCAUCUGGAGCCCGUGCGCACCGUCUACAUCCCGGGUUUCGUGCCGUACGAUCUGGGCCUGGCGCUGCAGGAGCACCUGGUGCAGGAGCGUGCACAGGCACGUCAGGCGCUGCGCGUCCUGGAUGACGCCAGUUCGACUUCAGCCUCGGUGCGUGCGGGGCUGACACUCGUAUCGCCCUCUGCGUCCGAAGCUGCCCUGCGCGCACAGGCUGCGCAGGAUACGCUGCUGUUGCUGCAGCAUCGACCCGUGUACACCGAGGGGCGACGGGAGGAAUCCGAGAACUUUGACGUUGCCGAAGCUCUGCGCGCGCUCGGGGCGGAUUACAAGCUCACCAAGCGCGGUGGGCAGAUCACCUACCACGGACCGGGUCAGUUGGUGGGCUAUCCGAUCCUGAAUCUGGGUGCUAUGGGGUUGGCGAGUCGGUGCUACGUGGACCGUGUGCAGGAUUCGUUGAUCUCGCUGCUGGCUACGCGCGGGAUUGGGACGGUGGAUCCGCCGGAUGCGCAUACGGGCGUGUGGGCGGACGAGUACCACAAGAUCGCGAGCAUCGGGAUCCAGGUGCGUCACCGUGUCUCGAGUCACGGCUUUGCGCUCAAUGUCGAGCAGCGUGCCAUGCGUGGAUUCCGACACAUUGUGGCGUGCGGCAUCGUGGGUAGGAGCAUGACGUGUGUGCAUGAUCGUCUCGACCCCACGGGGCCUUUUGCGCGGUACAAUUCGGGCAAGCAGGGCGAUAAGGACGAAUCGGUGGAGAGUGUUGCAAAAGACUAUGUGCGACACUUUGGCAAGGUGUUCAAGAGGACCACAAGGCAGGCGACGCACGAAGAGAUCAGCUUUCAACUGGCACCCGAGGACAAGGCUAGUCUGAUGCGCGAGAGGCUCGGUAUCGAUGUAGGCCAUGACGAACAAGUGGUGCAGGCGAUUCGUGUGGGCGAUCAUCGUGUGCAGGUAGCGUAG